AUGGCGUCGGCGGCCGGUGCUGGUGGGGCAAAUGCCGGCCUCGCCGACCCGCUGCUGGCGAGCGCCAAGAAGCCGGUCGGCGCCAAGGGCAAGCACUGGGUGGCCGCCGACAAGGACCAGCGGCGGGCCGCCAAGGAGAGCGGCGGCGAGGACGGCAGGCCGUUGCUGUUCCGGACGUACAAGGUCAAAGGCACCCUCCUGCACCCCUACAGGGCCUUGAUCUUCAUUCGCUUAAUUGCCGUUCUCCUAUUCUUCGUAUGGCGCAUCAAGCACAACAAAUCAGAUGUCAUGUGGUUUUGGACAAUGUCAGUUGUCGGGGACGUAUGGUUCGGGUUCUCGUGGCUGCUCAACCAACUCCCAAAGUUUAACCCUGUCAAAACCAUACCUGAUAUGGUCGCCCUUAGGCGACAAUACGAUCUUCCAGAUGGGACAUCUACACUUCCUGGCAUAGAUGUCUUUGUCACCACUGCUGAUCCAAUCGAUGAGCCGAUACUAUACACCAUGAAUUGUGUUCUCUCUAUCCUUGCUUCUGACUAUCCUGUUGAUAGGUGUGCCUGCUAUCUCUCAGAUGAUAGUGGCGCAUUGAUCCAAUACGAGGCCUUGGUUGAGACUGCAAAGUUUGCUACUUUGUGGGUCCCAUUUUGUCGGAAGCAUUGCAUCGAGCCAAGAGCCCCAGAAAGCUUUUUUGAACUAGAGGCACCGUUGUACACUGGAAGUGCACCAGAGGAGUUCAAGAAUGAUCAUAACAGUGUAUAUAUAGAGUAUGAUGAGUUCAAAGAGCGCUUAGACUCACUAUCUAGUGCUAUUUCCAAGCGUUCCGAUGCUUACAACAGCAUGAAGACCGAGGAAGGAGAUGCCAAGGCCACUUGGAUGGCAAAUGGGACGCAAUGGCCAGGAUCAUGGAUUGACACAACGGAAAUCCAUAGGAAAGGACAUCAUGCUGGAAUUGUUAAGGUUGUGUUGGACCAUUCGAUCCGUGGGCAUAAUCUUGGUUCGCAAGCAAGCACCCACAACCUCAACUUCGCCAGCACUGAUGUGCACCUCCCGAUGCUUGUAUAUAUCUCUCGCGGAAAGAACCCAAGCUAUGACCACAACAAGAAAGCCGGUGCCUUGAAUGCGCAAUUGCGUGCCUCUGCACUACUCUCCAACGCGCAAUUCAUCAUCAACUUCGACUGCGACCACUACAUCAACAACUCUCAAGCCCUACGUGCAGCUAUGUGCUUCAUGCUAGAUCAACGACAAGGUGAUAGCACUGCUUUCGUUCAAUUCCCUCAACGCUUCGACAAUGUUGAUCCAUCAGACCGAUAUGGCAACCACAACCGUGUCUUCUUUGAUGGCACAAUGCUCGCCCUCAAUGGUCUCCAAGGUCCAUCUUACCUUGGCACUGGUUGCAUGUUCCGCCGCAUAGCCCUUUAUGGCAUUGACCCACCUGAGUGGAGACAUGACAACAUCGUGGUUGAUGAUAAAAGGUUUGGUAGCUCCAUACCCUUCCUAGAAUCCGUAUCAAAAGCCAUAAACCAAGAAAGAUCUACCAUACCUCCACCCAUUAGUGAAACAUUAGUGGCUGAGAUGGAAAGGGUUGUGUCAGCUUCACAUGAUAAAGCCACUGGGUGGGGCAAGGGUGUUGGGUACAUAUAUGACAUAGCCACAGAGGAUAUAGUGACUGGUUUCCGCAUCCAUGGUCAAGGUUGGCGUUCCAUGUAUUGUACAAUGGAGCGCGACGCCUUCUGUGGCAUUGCACCAAUCAACCUAACUGAGCGCCUCCACCAAAUUGUGCGCUAG